GAAACUUGCAGACAUCACCGCUGGCAAGGAGUUUCCGUUUUUCUCACGCGCAGAAGUGGCAAAGAAGACAGGUCCGGAAGAGCCCCUCAUGAUCAUCCACAAUCGAGUCUAUGAUUUGCGGCCUCUGUUGGGAAACCACCCUGGAGGAGAUGAGAUUCUGACAUCCAAGGCUGGCACUGAUUGCACCAAAGAGUUUGAAGUCUUUGAGCACUCAGAAAAAGCACGUGUACGCCGAGACCAAGAGCUGUUGGUGGGUGAUUUGCUGCCAGCGGAGCAUUUGGACUGGGACGCUGAAGCCAAGGCUGAAGUCGCCUCUGGUGUGGAUCAGGGCUCGGAUUUGGCUCGAUACAUCAGAUACAAAGCUUUUGAUGCUAUGAUAGUUUCUGCCACAGUCUACAUCUAUCGAACUUCGCAUCAUAUGAAGCCACUGUCCAUGCUGACCUACAGCCGUGCUUUGCGUCACUUGCAUUUGCUGAUGGCAGUUGGUAUCUUCGGGGCACUAGGCACAGCGCAGGCAGCUUCUUUCUCAGAAGGUCAAAACAAGAGGAAGCUGCUGAUUCUUCACAAGCAGCUUGGGAUUGGAAUGUUGGUUGGCCUUUUCGUUCGGGCUUUGGCGCGUUUGCGGUCGGGAAUUCCACCGCGCUUUCCUGGAAACAAACUGGUGCAAAUGAUCGAGACGCAGAGCUUGCGCUUCUUCUAUCUCCUCAUGCUGGCGCUUCCUUUGACUGGUAUGGCCAGCGAGUACUACUUGAAGUGGGCCUCGUCCGAAUCUCCAGAAGAUGACAAGAAGAACGAUCAGGCAGCGCAGAGCGCCAUCUCCCUCCACAAGAGCUUGGGGAAGUUCUUUCAGUACGCGUGGUUGCCGUUCCAUUUGGGUUACACGACCCUGUACCAUGCCUCGAAGGGGCGAGGCGUCAUCAGAAAGGUGAGCCCUUUCAUCUGAGACUGGAAUGAGUGGAACGAGUGGAAUGAGUGGAACCGGAACUGAGCCUGGUGGAACUGGUGGAACCUGAGGUGAGCAGCGAUGUAGCUGAGCCUUCCAAAGUUUGCAAGUUGCCAGCACCAUGGGAAUCAUCAAGAAACUUUG